UUCGGUGGCAGAAGCGGCCACAUCUGCUUCCUGUAGGCCCCCUGGCAGAAGCAUGCAGUGGUGUCUUCUUCUGAUCUGGGCCCAGGGACUGAGCCACGCUGCCCUCACUUCAGGAACUAUGACAGGCACAGUAGUAACAACGGGGAAUGUCUCUGUAGAGGAAGGUGGCUUUGUCGUCUUACAAUGCCACCUCUCCUCCACCACAGCGGCAGUGACACAGGUCAACUGGGAGCAGCAGGACCAAUAUCUGGCUGUUUGUCAUGCUGAGCUUGGGUGGUAUGUUUACCCAGCCUUCAAGGACCGAGUGGCCCCAGGCCCCAGCCUGGGCCUCACCUUCCAGCAGCUCACCGUCAAUGACACUGGGGAGUACUUCUGCACCUAUCACACCUACCCUGAUGGGAUCUACAAAGGAAGAAUCUUUCUGGAGGUCCGCAGAAGCUCAGUGAUUGAACACAGCCCCAGGAUCCAGAUUCUGUUGCUUGGAGCCUUGGCCAUAGUGCUGAUGGUCACCUGCAUAGCAGUCAUCGGGGUGGUGGCCUUGGCUAGAAAGAAGAAAUCUCUCAGAAUCUGUUCUCUGGAAAGUGGCCUUAGGAGGACACCAGCCGAGCAGGAACAAUGGAGUCCCAGUGUUCCACCAUCCCCUGGAAGCUGUGUCCAGGCAGAAGCUGGCCCUGCUGGGCUCUGCAGGGAGCAAAGGAGAGAUGACUGUGUCGAGCCACACGACUACUUUAAUGUCCUAAGUUACAGAAGCCUGGAGAGCUUCAGCUUCCUGUCAGAGACUGCUUAGCAACCAGAGGCAUCUUCUGGAAGCUUCGCUGGCACCCGUGCUGUUAUAGAUGGAUGUGUACGCACCUGCCUUUUCCACCAGUGCCGUGUGCGUGUGUUCAGUUGAGCAAAGACUGUCCUCUUCUCCACCUUUAUUGCCUCUACCCUUCCCUUCCAUCCCAUUACGGCAGACCUGGGGUGAAUAGUGUGUGUCUUGAUCACAAAUGCAAAGUUAAAAAAAAAAAAAACCCAAAAAACCCCCAAAAUGUGACCUGGUUUUGAAUCUGGCAGUUUGAGCAGGUGCUGUGGCUCUGAGAAUGCAUUCCUCUUAAUGGCACUGGGCAGGGUUUGGGGUGAGUGAUGGCUAUGGCGGUUUGGGGUGGGUGAUGAGGACAGGAUGACUGCAGAGCUACCCUUUUCUCAUUUUUACUGUCAUUUUCAUUAACAUUCACUCAUUCAAGGCAUGUUAUGAAUAAGGCAUGACAUCAGCAUGUAUGGGGAGAUUUGAGGAUGACUAAACCUUGAUGUCUGCUCUUAAGAACUUACAGUUAAGUGGGGAGACAACAUUUAUGUUAAAAGGCAAUAUGCAGGUAAGGUGCACGACACAGGCCUAUGGGAAGAGAUGAGAUUUGGGGUGAGGUGGCCAGGCUAGGCUUAUCUGUGGUGCAGUGUCCUGGGACCACAAAAAGCACAAUGAGGUUGGUCGGGUGGGAGCAGAAGCUUUGUCUAGGGAACUUGUGGGAACUGAGGCUGGUGGAACCAAGCAUCCCACCAGUAAGACCUUGGCACCAAGGGAGCCAAGAAACUUCAGAUUCUAUUCUUGGGUAGACAUUUGAAGUCUCCUUUUGUUGUGAUAUCCUUGGAGUCCAUCAGGGAUGGCCUGGCUCAUGGGACCCUAGGCUCUUCUGGCCUUGUGUGCUGGGAAAGCCCACAGGAAAUUGCACAUGUCCACGGAGGGAGCCAUGUCUUAGCAGUUGAACCUCGAUUGGCCUUUUCUGGAUCAGUCCAUCAAUGGGUCUCUAAAAAAAGAAUCUGUUUCCCAACAAAAGUAAAAUCUGGAUUUAUAAUUAGAGAUUCUUCCUAAGGGGGAAAAACGGAGGUGCCAAUAUAGGGUUUAGAAGAUAUACACCUUCAAACUUGCUUCUUUGAACACUUUUAUUCACUCUGUUACCUCUUUGUGCUGGGGUUGGGGUAACUGAACUGCUCAUUUCUGUUCAGCACUCAAGCUGAAUCAUCAAGACUUUUAUCCUUCCACCAACUCUCUUGAAGGAAUGAGCAGGGAGGUUGGAUUUGCCAGUGACUUAUUUUCUUUCAUAGGCACAAGACCUGAGACAGAAUGUGAAGCAAGGCUGUGUCCUGCCAAUGAUUAAAAUAAAGUGUGGCCCUCCUCCCUAAGAGGUUAACCUGGUUGAGCAAGAGGUCAAUUCAACUCCUUAUUUUCAUUUUCCUGACUUUUCUACCAAUGGAUAUAUAGUUAGGAGCAAUGAACUAAAUUCUGUCCAGAACUACAACUCCUUUAGAAGAAAGGUAAAUGCACAUAAAAAUGACCCUUUCUUGCUGUGGCAAUUCAGAGUGUUUUUCUUGCAAAAUUGGUGCCAGUUGGUUGGGAGUGAAACACAGUUCCCAAACUGGAAAUGAACCAAAAUGUAAUGACCAAAAGGGAGUGGUGUGGGGCUGAGGUUGGAUUGAGAGUUGGGUGUUAUUUAACAUAAUUAUGGUAAUUUGAAAAUAUUAUUAAUACCAUUGGGAUGGUGAUAGAAUACAGAAGGGCCUAUAGGUGUUAGAAAUGGGUCAGGUUACUAAAAUGAGAUUUCAUCUCACAGAAAAUAAAUUUUAAAGUAGGUUCUCCCCUAAAAGCAGAUUCUCAGAGACCUGCAUAUGCCAGCUUGGUAGCCUCUUUCCACUGUGCUACUGACCACGUGCAAUGGGGUUAGUCCAAAUCAAAAUGCACUGGGCUGUAAGGGUGAAACACACGCCUGAGUUUUGAAACUAUGAAUAAUAAGACUGUAGUAUCUCAUAAGUAAUUUUGAAAUAUUGAUUACAUGUCAAAAUGGUUGUAUAUAUUUGGUUAAAUAAAAUACAUUAAAAUUAA